GCGGACCGACAGUCGACUUGGGCGCAUCGCGUCGUUACCUUUCUGGUCGUCGUCGUCGCCGUCGUCGCCGCCGCCGUCACAGACGUCGCCGACCGGUUCCAGUGGUCGGACGUGACGGUUUUUUUUUUUUUUUUUUUCACGCGCCCUCGUCACGGACCCUUAGCGGACGUCCGUGCCCGGCCAUGCGGCCACCACCCGACCGGGGACCCGGGCCGCCGUCGCGCGGCUCGACCACUCUGGCCGCCAUCGUGGCCGUCCUCCUGGUCGCCGCUCUUUUUACGGACGGUGCGCUAGCCGAGAAGAACAAGUUCUAUGAUAUGCAAACUAUAUGCAAAACCCAUUUUCUGCAACAAGUGUACAGGAAAAUUGAAGGCGCAGUAUUGGACUCGCAAAACGAACGGAACUUAGACUGUGUGACAACAUUUCAAACACAUUCCAUCUUACAAAGGUUUAUGAUACAUUUUGAUCGUUUGCAAUUGGACUGUAACGAUCAUUUGUUCAUAUUCGACGGCGCUCAUGCGGUCGGACAACAUAAAGCCGACAUCACGUGCAGCAGUACGAAACAAUCCGUCGGCGUGAUAUUUACGCGUACGAAUUUUGUCACGCUCAAGUACGUGACAGAUUCGUGGGGCACGCGUGUCAACGGUUUUAGAUUAAUUAUAACCGCCUUCAAAGAUCCUUUUGUUCCAGUCCACAACUGCAGGGAGUUCAAAUGUCAAACGAUGUCGCAAUGCAUCUCCAACGACCUGGUGUGCGACAAUAUCAACCACUGUCCCGACGGUACGGACGAAGCGACGACGCCAACUUGUCAAGGUGCUUCGUCGUUAACGCUGUUGGGCAUAAACAUCACCAUACUCGUGGUCGCUUCGCUCGUUGUAGUCUCCAUACUGGGCGUGUGCGUUAUCGUGUUGACCGUUUACUGCAUAUGUUACCGGACGUCGAACGGUACGAUUCCGACUUCCAGGCACAGCGCCGCGUUAAACGACACGUCAAAUCAUUUUCAAAUGAUUGGCGUUAACGGAAUUGGACGGUCGGGAAACUGGCAGCACCCUGCGGGCCAACAGCUAGGGUACAGCUCGGCACGGGUCCGUCUCUACUGCCAGGCAAAGUGAAAUAUACUGGCUCUGACAGCGAUAUUUCCUCAGCUCAUAAAGAGGAAUGGUUCGUGUAGGGAUGGCCUAAACCGUAGCCCAGCAGGGUGUUACCGGUAGUACCUCGCCAGGCCGGCAUAUAUGCAGCAUUCGGAUUGUUGCAAUUUCCUAUAAACAUUUUUGUUUUUUUUUUCGCCUAUAAUAUUUAUGUUCAAAAAAAUAUUCUUCAUCAGUUUUUAUGUACUUUUAUUUCCAUUUCUUUUCUAAAAAAUUAAAAAUAAUCAUCAUAUUAAAAUCUAAAAAAAAAUAUAUAUAUUUAUAUAUAUAUAUUAUCAUAAUCGUUUAGAAAAAAAAAUAUAAAUUGAGAGGAAAAAAUUCUAAAAACGCCCUAGGAAAUAUGUCAUUACAAGAAACAAAUUUAUCGUAUUCAUUAUUAUCAACAAUAAUUUUAUUACAACCAAAACGUUUAUAAUAACUGUUAAUUUAUUAUUCCUCCCUUUAUACCUAGCCAAGUACCUUUUAUACUAUAAUUUUAUAAUAAGAUAUAUAUUAUAUUAUAAUAGAUAAUAAUCUCAAUUAUGAGAUAAAACCAUUAAUUUUUCAAAUAGCAGCACACUUUUCUAUUUUCUUGAAAAUCAGCCCAAAAUCAUUUUUUUUUUGCUCUUCACAAUUUUCCACUUUUUCUCGGGAAACUUUGACGUGAUCCACUCGAUGUAUAUACAAUCGAAGUCUUUUCUAUAGAACACAGAUUGACUUGCUUUUAAAAAAUUCAAAUCAAUUAAAUAAUAAUAACCUUUGGAAUUCACUGUUGAUUGAAAGUAUAAUAUUUCCCUUACCAUCUCCCACUUACCAUAAACAACAUACCCAAACUUAACUUCAAUGUUGGUAGUUAAUUCGAGACCCACUACCACUGACCCUACCACUGACCCGGUAUAACCGCGGCUUUUACCAUUAUAUACCAUAUCUUACCUAGACGUGCGUACACGAUUUCACCUAUCUUUAAAAUAUUAAAUAUCAUAAUAAUAAAGACUUUAUUAUUAUCCUCACACACAGUACUUCAUAUCCGCGAGUGUGCGUGUGCGCACGUUUGAACCUAUUGCAUAUCCUUUCUUCUCCUCGUUCACGAGGGAUUUAAUUUUCCAUAUCGUUAAAAGUGUUAAAACGUUUAAAUUAUUUUUCAAAAUUUUAAUCCAUGACAUUUUCCAAGCCUUCUUUAAACCACGCAUUCCCAUGUUAAAAAAUUAAUCUUAACUCACAAAUGUCUUAUAAUUUUGCAUAUCAUAUUAUAUAUAUAAAAAUAUUUAAAAAUAAAUAAUGUUACCGCGUCAUACGAUUUUCCAUGCAAAUUUGUUUUCGCUCUUCUUUUCACGUACUCGUCAAGUUUUAUUUUAUUUUUUUCUUGAUUUACGUCACCCGGUUAUUCGGCUGAACAGAUACAAUUGUAUAAUGAUAAUUAGUUACAACGAAUAUGGACUGACAGAUACGUUACUAAUACUUCACUCUACCCCCAUGAACAUUUAAACUUUUUUCAAGCCAACACUUAUUCCAUUGAUUUUUUUCUUUAUAAACAAAAAUAUUAAACAGUUAUCACGUUUAAAUAACUUCAAAUAUGUGUGAUUGUGUGUGUAGUACAAUUUUCAAUUUUUUAUCUACGUCGGUCUAUAUCCGUCCAUUCAAUAUAUUUCAAACAAAUAAAUAAAUAGAAUCAUAAUUUUAUUAGAUUUGUAUAGUCAGAUUGCGUUUUACACACAUAAUAUUAUAAUAUUCUAAACACACAUAGUUUUUUUCUUAUUUUUCCGAUUACCGGAUAAACUACGAAACCGUACAACUCCAAUGAUCCACGUCUCAAUUGAUAUCUAUAUUUCUACCUCAGGAUUACAUAAUAUUAAUCAUACACAACAGUAAUAUCAGAGAACAAUAGUUAAUUACCACAAUCAAUUCUUAUACUAUAAUAUAUAUAUUUUUUUUUAUGUAGUGUUUUUGUAUGUCGUACUCGUACUACUUACAGUUGUACAAAAUCGUAACAAUGGUGUUUGUAAAAUUAUUCUUUUUAGAUAAUUCAUUUUUGUUAACCUUAUGUUACCAGCUUAUAAUUUUAUUCGAUGAUAGAAAAUUAUUGUAACAAUUGAGUGUAUCGAUACACUUAUAUUUUAUGUAUUAGAUGUAAUCUAAAAAAAAUGUUUGUUUUAUUGUUUAGUGAAUGUGUUAGAGUAUUAGUGUUACGAACAUCAAUAGCCAAAAAAUGUGUUAAUCGGGAAGCUUAAUAUUUGAAAAUUCCUCAUUAAAAAUAAUAAUAAUAAAAACUUAACUAUAAUUUGUAUGCUGUUUAUGCGUGAGAUUAUGGUAAAUUAGUUAAAGUAGUAAUAACUCAGUUAUAAUAUAAAUAUAUAUUUAUAAUAAGUACAUCAUAUUUAUUCAUUAAUUUUAGCGUUUAAAUUAUAUACACAGCCCAAUACCUCUAAUUAUGUCUUAUAUAUUAUUAUAUUUACAGUAUGUGUAAAUACUAUCUGUGCUCUGUAUAUUUCUUGAAAGUUAUUUAAUACCUGAUGAUAUAAUAAAACUAUGGUCUAUAAGUGAUUUUGUGUUAAACACAAAACCGCAUUAAGCAAAAGAACGUACCUAAAUUAUAUUAUAAUUACAUUUUGUAAAAGUAUACAAUUGCACAGCUUUCUUUGGUUUAGCUUGUAGAUUAAAACGUCAAUUAAUGUAAUGAUGACUACGAUAUUAUGACAAUAGACAUUCAUAUAUUUUAUAUAUAAUUAUAUUUUUGUUUUGUAAUCAUGGUAAUAAUAUUGUUCAUUUUUUUUUUUUUAAGGCCUACUAACUUGUGAAAAUUUACAUAUUUAAUUGUAAUGUUCAAUAAUCAAAAUACUUUUCUGAAAACAUUUUUAUUAUAUAAUAAUACACAGAUACCUAAUAUAUUAUAAAUACAGAUGCAUUAAAACAUUAACAUUUAUUUAAUAAUAAUAUGAUAAUAAUAAUUAUUACAACUGCCUAAAAUAUAUUAUAUAUACAAUUAAUGUUAUAGAUGUUUAAGUCAGAUAUACAAUAUUAUUCUAUUAUUAUUUAAACGUACACCGAGUGUAAAAUAAUGUGUUUAUAUUUGACGUGUGUACAUUUACCAUGCAUUUAGAAAAAUAUAUUUCAUUCCCCAUAAUAUUAUACUAUUACAUGAAUAAAUACAAACAUUAUUUCGAAAAACAA